AUGGCAGAAACCAAGAAGGUCAAGUGGAAAUGCAUGAUUCCUCUCGAGAUCUGUACUCAGAACUGGCACACCAUUCUACUGGUAAAAGCCCAUCACCCCCUGGAGUCCACCAUCAUGGUUGGGAGAUAUUCUCUGCCCUCGGGAUGUUUUCGGAUCGCACAUUUGCUUUUUUCACUGCGGGUUUUAGUUUUGAUGUCCGUCCGUGUUGCUGCGCGACCUGGUGAGCCUCCUCUGGACGUGGGCAGUAUCCCGUGGUUGGGCCAUGCCUUGGAAUUUGGAAAAGAUGCUGCCAGCUUCCUCACCAGGAUGAAGGAGAAGCACGGUGAUAUAUUUACUGUGCUGGUGGGGGGCAGGUAUGUCACUGUCCUCCUGGACCCCCACUCCUAUGACACGGUGGUGUGGGAGCCUCGCACCAAGCUGGACUUCCACGCCUAUGCUGUCUUCCUCAUGGAGAGGAUUUUUGACUUGCAGCUCCCACAUUACAGCCCCAGUGAUGAAAAGGCCAAGAUGAAACCGACUCUCCUCCACAAGGACCUCCAGGCACUCACGGAAGCCAUGUACACCAACCUCCGCACUGUCCUGCUGGGGGACGCCACAGAAGCGGGCAGUGGCUGGCAUGAGAUGGGUCUCCUCGACUUCUCCUACAACUUCCUGCUCAGAGCCGGCUACCUGACUCUGUACGGAGUCGAAGCUCUGCCACGCACACGUGAGAGCCGGGCCCAGGACCGCACCCACUCAGCUGAUGUCUUCCACACCUUCCGCCAGCUCGACCUCCUGCUCCCCAAACUGGCACGUGGCUCCCUGUCAGUGGGUAAGCACCGUGGGGACCCUGGUGGGCGGGGCUCCUUCUCAUUGCAGGGCAACAUGGGUCCUGCUGCCUUCUGGCUUCUGCUCUUCCUCCUCAAGAAUCCUGAGGCCCUGGCUGCUGUCCGUGGAGAGCUUGAGCAGCUCCUCUCCAGAACAGAACAGACUGUUUCGCAAAUGACCACCCUCCCCCAGAAGCUUUUGGACAGCAUGCCUGUGCUUGACAGCGUGCUCAGUGAGAGCCUCAGGCUCACUGCUGCGCCCUUCAUUACCCGGGAGGUCAUGGUGGACCUGGCCAUGCCCAUGGCAGAUGGGCGGGAAUUCAGCCUGCGACGUGGAGACCGCCUCCUCCUCUUUCCCUUCCUGAGUCCCCAGAAAGACCCGGAAAUCUACACAGACCCAGAGGUGUUUAAGUAUAACCGAUUCCUGAACUCAGAUGGGUCAGAGAAGAAAGACUUUUACAAGGACGGGAAGCGACUGAAACACUACAGCAUGCCGUGGGGCGCUGGGCACAACCAGUGCCUGGGGAAGGCUUAUGCCAUCAGCAGCAUCAAACAGUGA